AUUUCCAUAGUUGUUCCUCAUUUUGAUAUUGAUCAAGUAAGACAUACACCCAUAUAUGCAUGUACUGUAGCUAUAGGAUUUUUCAAUAUGUUUCUUUUUCCCCAUAGCAACUAGUCAGUCACAGUCAACACACUUAUUUCUAUUCUCAAGCACUCAUUAAGACUUUAGAAAACAGAAAAUUCACUUAAUGUCUGACUGGAGAGGUACAGAGGGUGCCAGAAAUAGGUAUCCGAUUGUAUCAAUGGGUGUGUUCUGGUGGGUGGAGUCAACUGCCACUAAUCCUAGUUUCUUUGAAGUUUCUGCUGAGACAACAUCACUAGUAUUAGUAUUACUGGAUGAGAUUACCUCAUGUCAUCCAUUACAACACACGUACAUAAUGUCAUUGCUACAAAGACUAUUGGAAGCUUCUUAUCCUUCCCUUGAAGUACAGAUGCAGGAACUAAAAAGAACAUUCCUUGAUCACAUGAUACACCUACUAAGCUGUGAUCAUGUCAUACCAGUAGUAUCAUGCAUACACAAAUGCAUGAUAUCUGGUACAUUAGACCAUUCACUCAUCAGAUACUUUGUCUCUGAGGUAUUGAGUAUUAUAGGCCCACCAUAUUCUACCGAGUUCACUUCAGUUUUUCUUCCGCUCCUUCAAAAUGAUGAAAUUGUUUCUUCUCUUGUGUCUCAGACUAAAGAUGAUCCUGUAUCUCUAUUUCUAGCUGAAUGUCCACACAAAUCAAAGAAAAAGAAAAAGUCUAAAAAUAACUAGAUCUAUAAUAGUUCUUGACAAUUACAGUACAUGUAUAAUUUUUAUAAAUAUUGAUAAUAGUAAUGUAAAAAGAUAAUUAUCUGUCUAGCUGAGUUAUGAUGAGACUUCAGAAUAAUGACAAUAGACGAUAGCGUAAAAUUUGCUACAAUAAUAAUUAAAUUAAAGCGAAAAAUCAACUAUUGGUAGUGGUUUGUGUGGUUGUUCUUUUCUGUGUCUAUGAAUCAAUGUCUUUCUGUUAUCUUUAAGAGUAUUCACCAGGACAGGAGGAGGUGUAAAUAUUUCUGCUUUAAUCUUGAUAUACUCAAGUGAUGGAUGGAUAAAGAUAAUUUCAUACAAAUGCUGUACUAGUUCUGUCCAGCUAGGAUGAAAUGACUUUGUAUCAAUAUGAUAACACCAUAUCCACAAUAAUUUUAUUGUUGUAUGUGACUGUAACAUGCUAGUAACAGCAGGUAGUACCU